AUGUUCGCUUUUGCAACCGGCUUUCUUGCCUUGGGGGUUAUAGUUUACGCUGCUCCAGGCGCAAAGCCCGCUCCUACUGCAACAGUCCGCAAUGGAACCUAUACAGGUGUACGUAGCACAAUCUAUGGGCAAGAUUUUUUCUUGGGCAUGCCCUAUGCCCAGCAGCCUGUGGGAGACCUGCGCUUUACUGUACCGCAGCCGUUAAAUGAAAGUUGGAGUGGGACACGCGAUGCGAAAGAGUAUUCAGACAUUUGUGUUGGAUAUGGGACCGAUUCUAUCUGGUAUUCCCAAUCCGAAGCCUGCUUGACCUUGAACGUGAUUCGGAGUUCGUCCAUCACGGAAAACUCCAAGUUGCCAGUAGGAAUCUGGUUCCACGGAGGUGGCUUCUUUAUGGGUUCAGGUGCCGAUCAACGUUACAACAUGUCAGCUAUCAUUGAAAACUCUUAUGAUAUUGGUAAACCUUUUAUUGCUGUCACCCUUAAUUAUAGGCUUUCCGCCUGGGGCUUCAUCAGUUCGAGCCAGGUCUCCGGGAGCGGCAAUACCAAUCUCGGCUUGCGAGACCAGAGACUGGCGCUACACUGGGUGCAGGAAAACAUAGCUGCUUUCGGCGGCGAUCCGACCAAGGUCACCAUCUGGGGCGAAUCGGCGGGAGGCAUGUCAGUGGGCUACCAUCUGACGGCAUAUGGUGGUCGAGACGACAAGCUGUUUAGAGCAGGUAUCAUGGAAUCGGGAGGACCCAUUCCUGCCAGCCCGCAAAAUCAAACGACAUUUCAAUUUUCCUACGACACGCUUGUAUCUAGUGUCAACUGCGCCGACACCGUCGACUCGUUACAGUGCUUGCGCGAGGUUCCAUUUGAAACUCUUAACUCGGUUCUGAAUGGGACCGACGGCUCGUCCGAGUAUAAUUUCGCGCCUGUUGUUGACGGAGAUUUGAUCCGGGACUGGGGUAGCAACCAGCUGAACAAGCAUGCAUUCGUCAAGGUCCCUAUCAUCGCAGGCACAAACACAGAUGAAGGGACUGGGUUUGGUCCGACGGGAAUCAACACUACUAAACAGUGGUAUGAGUAUCUCACUGAUGGUAGCUUCGACUUUCAAACGCCACCAUCUGUGGCUAAACGCAUCCUCGAGCUGUACCCCGAUGACCCAUCACAGGGUAUCCCAGAGCUCCUCGGCAAUCAGCGAGUCCCGUCGAUGGGAUACGAAUGGAGACGAACCAGUGCUUUUGCGGGCGAUUUUACAAUGCAUGCGAACCGACGUCGACAAUGCGAGGCUUGGAGCGAGACUUUGACGCCGGCCUAUUGCUACCGGUUCAACGUCCACGCCGCUGAUGUUCCUUAUAUCAUGGGAGCCACGCACUUCGAAGAAGUGUCUUUUGUAUUCCAUAACAUCGCCGGGCUAGGCUACCACUACGGGAAGCCAUUUGCUGGAGUACCACAGUCUUAUAUCGAUCUGAGUUCUAUGAUGACCAGCAUGUGGGCAUCAUUCAUCCACGAUUUAGAUCCAAACUCCGGGGUGGUCAAUGGGUCAGUUCAUUGGGAAGCGUAUGGAAAGAACAAGCCGUUUGACCUGUUGCUUGAUGCCAAUACAACCAGCCAUAUGGAAGCGGAUACAUGGCGCAAAGAAGGGAUUGAUUAUAUCAAUGCAGUCGCCCAUGCAUUUUGGCGAUAG